UGUCAUUGGAAACGUCUCAUCUCGGUACAUGGCAUCAUACACGCGCCCUUCCUUCUUCUGCUUCCCCUCCUCUUUCUCCUUCUCCUUCUUCUUCCUCCUUCCCUGUCCUCUACCUCCCCCUUGUUGCUGCCUCCCCUCUUUCCCCUGAUGCCCGGCGCCCUCCCCCUUUGCCUUCUUGGCUCGCGGCCCACUGCGCUCCAUCGUGCCACACACCCACGCACACCACACACACACACGCCACACACACCACAGCAGCGUCAGCGCAACACAAACAAAACAACGGAAAGCGGACAACAGCAGAGAUGGAACAGCCGCCACUGAGGGACACGGCUGUGCUGUUUGGGGACUCUAUCACCCAAUACAGCUUCGCGCCGCAGGGAUGGGGUGCAGGGAUCGCACACGCGUUUCAGCGCAAAGUGGACGUGGUGAACCGUGGGUUCAGCGGAUACACAACUAGGAGUGCACGGGCCAUGCUAAAGCACAUCUUUCCGGAGCAGGGCGAGGCUGAUCCCCAUCUCUUUGUCACCGUCUUCUUCGGCGCCAACGAUGCUGCACAGGAGUGCGAUCAACACGUGCCAAUCGAAGAGUAUGAAGAGAACCUGGACGCCAUCCUUUCCACCAUCAAGAGGCGCGCAAAGCACGUGGUGAUGAUUGCACCCCCACCUGUCGAUCACGUGCGAUGGCCAACGCGGCACAACACACACGUGCAGCGGUAUGCUGCCGUUGCUUCAAGAGCCGCAGAGCGCCACGAUGUGCCCUGCGUGAAUUUGUACAAGGAGUGGUUCAAGGCUGACUGGAUGGCCAUGCUCAACGACGGUCUCCACUUCAGCGACGCGGGGAACCAAGCGCUGCUGCAGCUGCUGCUCGAGAGGCUUCCCAUCCAGCCCGACGACCUUCCAUUCGACUUUCCCCUCUGGCGUGACGUGCUCCUUCCGGAUCCCUCCAUUGCGUUUCGACGGGCGUUUGUCAAGUCGCUCCCAUAUGCGUGCAGACACCGCUGCGAAGACGACUGCACGUGCUGUGAUGGAGACAGCAACAGCAACGGCAACGGCAACGGCAACGGCAACGGCAACAGCAAGGCUGCCUCGUAAUGCAUCGAAUGUGUGUGUCUGUGUGUCUGUGUGUGUGUCUGUGUGUGUCUGUGUGUGUGUGUCUGUCUGUCUGCACCCGCUUGCUCGCAAUGGUUGUGAUCAAAGAGACGCGCACGCUGCAAAGCGAGGUACUUAACAAGCACCUCUCCAUCUUCCGCCACCACAAGAGCUCGCACCCGAACACAACACACCACCACCCCCCAUCGCAAAACAUGACCAACG